UAUGCUAUACAUCUUGUUCCAUUCAAAAUAUUUGAUCUACCAGUAAUACUUUAGUUAUCUGCCAUUGUUCUUAAAUGUCUCUAAAAUAUCAAAAUAUCCUUAUUCUGAUUUUGAAACUGUUCAUUUAUUGAUUAUAAUUAGCAUUUGCAAAAGAUCUGACUUAUCUGCACAUGAAAUACUCAUUCAUCUACAGACAACUUCAGCAUCAAAUUUGAAUUAUUCUGAAUAAAAUGGAUUAGCCCCAAAUUGCUCUAUAUUAAAAACCCUAGAGUUGAAGUACAAAUAGAUUGUAUUUAAUGCAGCUUAAGGUUGUAGUCGCAGUUAAGGCAGUAGUGAGUGA